AGCGGAAGUUCUUUUAAAAUUGGUCGACAAAUUCGGAAACAGGCGAAGAGCCGAUGUUAUGCGUUUUUCUAUUUGUUUGCAUGAUGUCCAGGUGAAAGAAGAAACAGAGAUUGAAAUCUAGGAGCAAGGAAAUUGACACCCUUGUAUAUUGCUGCCAUGAAACUCGGUGGAUGAGGCCCAGGGAUACGUUUUCUACCAUGAGAAGAUGAAGAGGCAGGAACGGACCUCCACACCCAUCAAGGCGGUGACGGCCUUCCACAUGAAGGAGUCGAAGUCGGAAAAUUCCAGUCUCAGUUCCCAUCAGAAAGGAACGCUGGUGCCUAAACCUGCGGCUUCACCUUUGGGAAAGACUUACCUGAGCAAAAGCCAUGAAAAUCUGUCCAGUCAUCAGAAAAAGAAGUUGGCCACCCUAGCUGAUCCUCCACAUCGGCCCAAGUCUAGUUUAGGAAUUACAAAGGGAGGCUCAAGCAAUAAGGAAAACUUGGUGACGAAAGGAAAAGACAAUGUUUUCCUGAAACCAAAACCAGUGAAAUCUGGAGGGAUGUCAACAAUUCGGAAAGCUUCCAGCACGCAACAGUUGGACAAGACAGGGGCAUUGACGCCAAGAAGCACAAGUGCGAAAAGUUCGGCCAUGAAACGGGCACAUAGUUCUCACAAUGUGAGUAAGGAUAAGUCUUCUAGAAAAAGAACGUCUGCUCCUGCAGACGUCAUGGCUUACAAUGCCGAAUUAUUGGCUAACUUUGAGAAAGACAAGAAAGAAAAAGAAUCGCGAAUUUCAGAAUUGAUACAAGUUGCAGAAAAUAGGAAAGCUGAAAUAGAGAAAUACAGGUAUGAAACCAAACGUCUGAAGGAGCAAAUACCGACACAUGAUAUCAAAGAUGAACUUGAAUUCCUAAGGAAAGAGAAUAUACUUCUGCGGGAACAGUUACAAGAAUUAGGUUAUCCAGUGGAACAAAUCACAGACACUGAAAAACUGUCCAUUUUACAAGAAAAGAAUGCCAAGAAAAACAUGGAAUCGAGUGAAAGUAGCUUUCCAAAAAGUAAGAGCUGUGAUAGUCUGGACACAGAUGAAGCCCGAGGGGGGCGAUCCAUCAGUUGUAAGGGGGAGGGGACCGACAGACCGGCUUCCACGGCAGCCUCCGAACCCAUUCUGUCCCUGGCGGACCAGGAGUUCUCUCUGGAAAACAGCCAAUGGGAAAAGGGAAGCAACAAGAGCAGUGACGCUCUAAGUGAGAUUUCCGUAGCAUGUCUAACAGAGCGCAUUCUGCAGAUGGAAGAGACUCAUUACAGUACAAACGAGGAACUACAGGCAACCUUGCAGGAGCUGGGAGAUCUUCAGCAAAGUGUUAAUGAACUGAAUGCAGAAAAUGAAAAACUUCUUGACCAAAAGUAUGUGCUUUUAGAAUCCUUGUGUACUCAAACCGAAAAAUUGGAACACUGUCGAGUACAGAUUGAACAGUUGAAAUCUCUUCUUAUCAGUGGGAAUUUUCCGGAGCGAUCAGAAAGGGAGCAACAAUUGCUGGAACUGUUAAAGGGUGCUCAGGAUGAACGAGAGGAAUUCUUAUGUAAGCAGACAGAGCUUGUGAACAUUUUGAAUGCUAGGGAGAACGAGUGUAGGGAGUUGGGUGAGUUGUGCGAUACAAAUAAAGACAAGUUGCAAUUAAUGGAAGAUAAAUUGAACUCGCUAAAGUCGGAGAAAGAAAUCUGUGAGAAAACUAUAUCUGAUCAAAAGAAAACCAUUGACAAUGAAAAAAUCGAAAUGGACCAUUUGAAAACCUUGUUAGAAAAUGAAAAAUCAAAAGUGCAGGAAUUGGAGCAAUAUUGCAAAGCAGCAGACAGUCAUUCUGAAUUGGAGGAACUUCUUCACAACACAAGGCAGGAGAAAGACAAGUUGGAGAGCAAGUUAGCAGACAUGAAGGAGAGCCUCCAGCAUGCUCAGUGUGAGCUGGGUAGAGGGAAGGAAUCGCUCACUGCCAAGGAAGAGGAACUGAAAGUGUGCAAGAACAAUGCCAAGACUGAAAUCCAGGAUCUGAAGUACCAGCUGGAAAAACUAGAGAAAGGCAAAACGGACAGCUCGUCAGAGCUCAGCAAUAUACGUGAGCACAUAGAGCAGCUCAAGCACGACUGCAAUAAAUAUAAGGAGGAGAAGAACGAGUUACUGACUCAGUUGAGCGAGGCUAAGGAGAAGAAUCACUCCCUACAGCAGGAGAAGGCCACGCUGGAGGUGGAGAUCAUGGAGCUGAAGAGUCGUCAUACUGAAGAGUCAGAGGAGUGGACGCAGUUCCAGAGAGAUCUACAGGUGGCAGUUCUAGUGGCGAAUAACUUCAGAGCAGAAACACAGGAAGACAUGGAAAAGGUUCAGCAGGAAAAUUCUACAUACAGAGAAAAAUGUCGCGUGCUGACGGACGAAAACAAAAAGUUACUGGAAGAAGUUGACAGGCUGAAACUCCACAGAAGUACAGACGGAACUCCGAAAUCCAUAUUAUCCUCUGCAGAACUCAAGGGCAAGAUGUUAAAUUCAGUAGGAAGGGAGUUAGCUAACUUGAGAGACAAACGCACUGACCCUAAGACACAAAGCCAAUCAGUGAAAUCCUUAAUACGCUCCAUAGAGGAACAAGUUAAAAGUGGUUGCUCCUCAAUUCAUUCCAGUACAUGCAAUUCCAGGAGAAAUUCUGACUGUUCCAUGGAUGAAACUGUGCAGGGCAUCCCCUGUCUGCAUAACAUUGUGAAAUCCCCAAGUUCCCCCAUCUCCGAAAAUCCAUCCGUGUUUUCCUCCUCAGCUUCCCCCGAGGUGGCCCUGCGGUCAGUGCUGAGGAAACAGGUGGAGAAACCCUCACCCCUCAGACAUUCAGUGGGGUCUCUGAGUUUUGACCCGCCCCGAUCUCCGAUAGAUUCCUCCCCGAAAUCUGCACCCCCUGUUGUUAAGAAUGAUUCUUCUCCUUCCCUGACCUCCAUAUUGUCCAGGAAUUCACAAAGGAGGAGCAGUGGUGUAAGUAUGGAACCUGAGAGAAAGGAUUCAGGCACAAAGGAUCCUUUGGCUGUCUUAGCAAAACAGAUGGGCGGAUCUAAACGCAAUGCCCUGCUGAAGUGGUGUCAGCAGAAGACUGUCAAAUACAGUAAUGUAGACAUUACCAACUUUAGUAGCAGCUGGAAUGACGGUCUGGCUUUUUGUGCACUUCUCCACAGCUACCUGCCAGACAAAAUUCCAUUUGCAGAGCUGAACACUGAGGACAAGAGAAGGAACUUUACCCUUGCCUUUGAGGCUGCAGAGGGAGUUGGUAUCUCCUCAUCUAUAUUGAACAUUGGAGACAUGGUAGCCAUGGAGCGUCCUGACUGGCAGGCCGUUAUGGCUUACGUGACCUCCAUCUACAAACACUUCGAACACGACGCAAAAACAUCAGAAAACACGUAGGACUGGGUCAUAAUGUCAGAAUAUGCUUGUAACACAGACAUAACACCAGAACUCACACAAAAUGAGGAUCUCGACAUGCUAUAUAGAUAGGAAUCCACAAAGGACUUUAACAAAAGAGUGUUGUUUUAAAACUGUUGUAAAAUCCAUUCUGUGUGCUUUAUUGUUAAAACUGCGAAUAUUUAUUUUAUAAUUCACUAAAAUGUCAGACUUCUGGUUUACCUUUAUCUUUUUCUUAACUCUUUUUUUUCUGAACUCAUUCCACAUUUUUACCUUUCCACAGUGAUCAUUCUUGAGAUUUAUACUUGCAUAAUAUUGUUUCUUCUUAUUUUACUGGGACCAAUCUUGUGACUGGAUUUAAUUGUUAAGUUGUUUUUUUUUUUCUUAACUGUCUCAAGUAUUUGUUGAGAUUGAACAACCAGCUGAAAUUUCUUUUUGUUAAGUUUAUUCCUUUUUCAUAACAUGUAUGCUCAUUUCCUACUCAAUUACUGCCUGAGCCUUGCUUUAGGAUUUAGAUACUGUAGUUAUCUUCAAAUGUGUUUGAAGAUAUGAAGUAUUUUACCCCUGUGAUUUAAUGUUGUCUUCCAUUUAAUGUAUUUUUUGAAAAACUGCAAAUUUUAUGAAGUGUGAGAUUUGUAAUUAUUUCCUGCUCCGUAUAAUCGCUUUUCCUGCGGAAAGGAAGAAUAUGUAGCAAAGCGGAAAGAAAGAAUAUGAAGGAAAGCGAGAAAUAGAAUAAAACAAAACUUUCUUAACAUUGUACAUGUAUUUUUUGAGGAAGCAUUCAACUCUUUAAACACAUACAGAUUAAGUUACUAGUUUGAAAUGAGGAUACAAGUUUAGAUUCAUUACAGAUCUUGUGUGGGGGUUAAGUUACUAGUUUGAAAUUAGGAUAUAAAUUUAGAUUUAUUACAGAUC